GUUUGGGUUGAGCACGAUCCAUGCUGCAGCAUUCCGAAACGACCAGGAAGAAGCCGCUUCUUCAUCUGACAGUCUGACAGUGUUCAUUUUCCGAGUCGUUGAUGCGUUGCCAAGCGUCGGGAGCAGAUGAUGAAAUGGAAGGAACAGGUGAUAUCCUAACCUGCUUCCUUUGGCACCACUUUGAGAUAGGUACUAUGCAGGAAAUUCAUUUGGAUAAUGGCAGGAACUUGGCUAGGACUGCUGUGGAAGCUGUAGGCUCCCUGCAACCUUCUGAUGGAAAGGCGUUUCUUCACGGACGGACUUUCAGCUGAAAGCAGUAGGCUUGAGAAGUUGGCAUUGCGACAGGAGAUGGGUUUCAGGCUUUCAGUCUGCUGAAUGUUGCAGGGAGGGCUUGUGAAGCGACGAAGAAACACUGCGUGUUUGGCUUGAAACGAUGAAGGAAGGACUGCAGUUCCGCAGCUUCCAGACACUUCUGCCCAGUUGGAGCAGACAGGGUAUCUCCAGGCUCCACUUGAAGAGGCCCCGGCACAACCUUCCAAAUCGCCCUGGCAGAAGCUUUCGAACCUAAUGGGUCGGUGUGCUGACCUGAUGGGUCGGUGUGCCGGAGCUGAUAACUCUUCCGGUGCAAGGGAUCGAUCAGCUAUAGCUCUUGGAUACCUUUUUAUUAGCCUUUUUGAUACUUCUUCAAAGCGUUGUGCAAUGCGCUUGAAGAAUUGAAGAAGCGGCUUUCUAUCUGCUUGGGGUCACCAUAUAAACAUCAUGAAGCGAACAGUCCUUGCUUGCCCGCCAAGCAUUCAACUUUGUGCGCCACCGGUGUGGAAGAUCUCGCCAGGGCGUUCUUUGGAUUGUUGAUGCAUUUGGAUUUGUACCCAGCAUUUUUGUUUCUUCUUACCCUAUAGGCCUCAUAGGACACAUCAUCUCUACCAAGCCACUCAAUGUGUAAUACCCAACAUCAAGCAACGAACAUGAAUCAUGAUGCUUCUCCGCGGUCAUGCUGCGAACUCGCUUCCUCGCCGGAACGCCUGGAAAACGGUCGACUUCUCCGCGCCGCACGAACGCCCAGGGUACACCCAAGUCCACACCCUUGUCGAGGGACUUUGUCGUCAGACUCUCGGGCUUCCGAGCCUUUUCAAAGCUGAAGAAGGUCGCUUUGACGGCACUGGCACAGCAGUUACCUGAUGAAAAGAUCGAUUCCUUGCAGAAGACCUUCAGAGCAUUGGACCAGAAUGGUGACGGCACGCUCUCGGUGGAAGAGGUCCGGGAAGCGAUUGUGCAGGAGGGGCUGAAGCCUCCCAAAGCCUUGGAGGACAUACUUCAAGCAAUCGAUUGCAACGGCUCCGGAAGCUUGGAUUACACGGAGUUCCUGGCUGCCAUGUUGGACCAAAAGGUCUACAUGCAGCGGGAUGUGUGCUGGGCUGCCUUCCGCAUUUUCGACCUCGAUGGGGAUGGCAAGAUCACCCGGGAGGAGUUGGCGAAGGUCUUGAACGGAGACUCGGUGCAAGAGCUCUUCGGAGCGCGAAAGAUUGAAAAGAUGAUCGAAGAGGUGGACAAGGAUGGUGAUGGAGCCGUUGACUUUGAGGAGUUCUGUGCCAUGAUGUCCUCGAAGGCAUCGGAAGCACCGAACAAAAGGCAGAAAGUGAGCUGAGAGAUCUGUCUCAGCUGUGAUGGGGCGCUGUUUUAAGAGGUCGCACAGUCGUGUGAACGGCCAAAGAGAUAGAAC